AUGUGUGAACCAAUGAUUUCAACAGGUGCUGGGCUCGACGACGUCGCCAAUUUGACCGGAGAAUUGAGCAUUGCCGAUCAGCCUCAGGUCAGCGACCACACCGACUUAGUCCAAUCAACUCUCAGAAAAGCGAUACUCUGCUUCAAUCAAACUGCAACGGCCGCUUUGCAACAGGGACAACAGGUCCUUGCUUCAGGUGAUGAUGCCCCCAUUGCUCGUAGCGAAGCGGUGGCAGAAAUCUCCUUGCUGUAUAGGGAAGUCUACCAGCUUUCACAUGAUGCCAAAAUCCUCAGACAUUGGAUGGAGAGAUCAAUCGUUGAACGUGUCAGCUUGCUUGGAGGCCAAGGGGGUCCUUAUACAAAAGAUCUACUAAAGCACUUCCACAAGCGAAUCAUGGAGAAUGCCCGAAAUGAACUCAGCAGCUCCGAUGAUGAGGCUUGUGUAUUAUGGCAGACUGCGGAAGAGUGUUACAAAGAAGCCAUUCGUCCUUCAGGUAGACUAGGAUCCGACAGCUACUUCUAUUGGCUAGACAGGGCAGCCGAAGAAUCUCAUGAACAUGAAAAUCGUCUAGAUGUGGACGAACACCACGCCGACCUUCGGAGUAGUAAUAUGGAAGUACACGAAGCCCGCAAGAUGAGAGAAAGGCAGGAAACAAGACAAAGUUGGGUCGAAUUUUGGGUUCGAGCAUUACGCACCUGCCCAGGUGGCCCGAUACUGUUCUACCCACCAGCUGCUUGUUCUGCCGCACGAUCUAUAGAAGGGCCGCCAUUCGAGGAUGUUCCACGCUAUCUUUUCCGGGCCUUCGACUCGAAAGGCUCUGGCAAAACCGAAGACAACUUUCUGGCAUCAACUAUGAGCAUGUUCGGCAACCCAGAGGGCAGCAAGGUCGAUAUUUUGUCUCUUGAAACACACAGCGCGUCGGAAAUGCUCUAUACUCACUUAGUUAAAGACCGUUUUGGCGGGAGUACAUCCGACAAUCUCAUGUCUUGGAGCAGCUCUCUUAUGUCUGUGAUUCAAUUUGCGAUUUGGAGGUCCCAUAUCGGCAAUCUCUCACCAGCUGAAGUUCGUAUUUGUGUCAUAGACGCAGCGAAAUUUCCACUCGGGCAAUUUAUACGAGAUAUAACACUGCUGAAAGCAUUCGACAAUAUGGAACUGAGCGAAGACCAGAAACAAUUUUUUCGUUUUCGUCUCGAGAAUCCCGAAUACGACAAUGGAGAAUAUGUUUCUCAAGGAGUGGUCAAUCACCGCGGCCAAUCAUGCACUUUCUCACUGAAAGACUUGAUAGACGGUGGACUCUAUGAGUUAUAUCCUGAGUUUAGAGAUACCGGAUCUGGGGGGCUAUGGACGAACUGGGUACGAGAACUUCGCUUAUCCUGGGACACUGAGCGGGAAACGACCCGCCAAGAGAUAUAUCACGCGUUCAGCAUGGCAAGGAUUUGCUCAGGAUCAUUCCUCAGUGAGCUUGAUAUUGCGGUGCUACUUCUAACUUUUAAGAACCGCAAGCUUCAAGUGCCAGGUAAGACCCACUUCCCUACGAUCGCAGCUUGA